UUCAAAAAUCGAACCGAGCGGUCGUAUCUGGCGCGUACCGCGUAGAUACACACAUCCCACAGAUACUAUUUUCUUAGCUAUCGUGCGCGGCGCGCUGGCGCUGCAAACAAGAAAGAAAUUUGUGUAUUGCAGCAGAAGUUUUCGCUGCUGCGCUCAGCUCGUGCUCUGUGUGUGUAUUGUGUUCGGUGCUCGGCCCGUCCCGUCCGUGAGAGCGUGUCGGUCGGUCGAAAGAAAAUUCAAUAAAACAAAGAGAAACGAAACGACUAUUCAGUGAAAAUCGAGUGCAAAUCAAAUUGCCUUGCAACGCCAAACGAAUCCGAGAACGCGGAGUUCAAGGUUUUUCCCAGCCAGACCAAGCCACGCCAAAACGAAGUUCAAUUGAAGAAGAUAAAAGGAAAAGAAAACACAGUGGGAAAACUGCAAAAAAACGAGCUGUGUGUGGUGUGCAGAAUUUUGUAUACCUUGAAAAAACGAAGUCUGACAGUGCGGUGGUUCUAGUGUGUGUCUGUGUGUGUCGCGUUGAGUUGCGUGUUCCCCGAGUGGGUUUGCAGCAAACAACAAACAACUUCAUCUUCAAUUCUUUCAAUUAAUAAAUGUGCAAAAGAAACCGAACUUUGUCUAGUUGUGAAAAAAUUUGUAAACCCCAAUUACUCAGUUUGCUGCUGCUCUCCAUUUAAUUCGAUUGACACAGAGGCAAGCGGGAAGGCAGGCGCAGGCAGAGAGCAGGCGGCUUCGGCGGCGACGGCCCCCAGCGGCAGACGUAAUCUAGCCAGUGCAAACGGUGGUGGAGCUUCACAUGCUAGCCCCAACAAAAAUGUCUUCUCAGCAGCAGCGCAGCAGAAGCAGCAGCACCAGCACCAGCACCAGAACCAGCAGCAGCAACUUUAGCUCAGCUCUCAGCAGCCAGCGUUAGGUCUGCUUUUGCGCAGUUCAGCGCACGGCGAGAAUUUUGCCAUCGGUUUCGUUUCGGUCUCUCUGUGUGUUUGGAAACACCUUGCUCCAACAUUGUGUGGCCUCCCCCCGCUGCACGACCACGAGCCACGACCCGACCCACGAGCUGGCAGUCACAGUUCCAGACUCACUCGCAGUCGUAGUCUCAGUCUCAGUUUCGGUUCGUGCGCGUUUGCGAUUCUUCUGGCUGCUGCCCUGCAGCGGAAAAUUCGUCUAAAAAUCACACCAACAAUACAUCCAGAUACAGAUACAAAACUCCAAACUUCCCAGCAACCGACGAGGGAAUUUUUGUAAUUUUUCCAAUGCUGGUUGGCUACGAUUUGCACGCGAUUCCCUUAGACUUGGACUUGGACUUGGACGUUGCUGUUGCUGCAUUUUCAUCAUCAUCAUCAAGGAGCAGCAGCAGCAGCAGCAAUAAGAACGAGUAUAACCAGGAGAACGAGAAGAGGAGCUCCAACAUUGUCGCCGUGUCGUUGUCGACGUCGCUGCAGCGUCGCAGCAUCGGCAGCAGCCCAUUGGAGUCGCCAUGGACUACAACUAUAGCAGCAACAUAGAACAGGAUACGGCGCACCAGGAGCAUCAGCAUCAGCAGCAGCAGCAGCAGCAGCAGCAGCAGCAGCAGCAGGAGCAUAGUUGCACCGAUCUCAGACAGACGUUGCAAUUAGUUGUGCCAACUGUUGUGGGUGGCAGCAGAGCCCUGGAAUGUGGCGAGACCAGGCGUCAGGCGCCCGCGGCUACGACGGCGGACCAGCGAUGCUGGCGACGUGACCGAAUGCGACGUGAAAGACCAAGUCAUGCGUCUGCAGCCACACUGGCCAAGGUAAAUCCAAUCAGCAGUGGUGCCGCAACAGCUGAAGCAGCUGCAGCAGCAGCAACAGCAGCAGCAACAUUGAGAGAAUACAAUUCGCAAGCAACGACAAGAACUGUGGUGGUGGCGACUCUGGCAUGGGGCACAACUGCCGCAGAGCUGCCGCAUGAUGAAGACGCCGCAGCAGCAGCCACGGCAACUACUCCUGCUGAUGAUGCAAAGGAGGAGAACGACUAUGAGUAUGAUGAAUGUAGGUGCUUUAACUAUAACGGUGAUAUUAGUCUGGAGCGAGAAAAGGAACAACAGCAACAACAACAACAACAACAGCAGCAGCAGAAUGAAGAGCCCCAGCAACUUUCCCGCAGCAGCAGCAGAAGGAGCAGCAUUACGUGGCUGAUAUUCUUGUGGCAGCAGCUGCUUCUGCAAGGCGAUGGAAACAAAGCCUCAUCCGGGGACACCAACUCCGACUCCGACACCCACACCCACACCCACUCCAAGUGCUCCGAAAGGACAACGACGAGAAGGAGCCACAGCAUGACGUCAACAAAAAGUUGGCUUGGCCCGCUGCUAAUGCUGGUGCUGGCCACGUCCGUCAGUGGCUGGGGCGGCCGACAAGAUGCUCCCACAAAUUGCACAUUUCCGGCUCGAUGGGAGGGCUCGUGGUUCCUGUCCGGCUAUCAGCAGUCCAUACACAUCAAGGGAUCACAGUUUAGCUAUCGCGGCAGGUGUGCGGCCUUCGAUGGUAACAAAUAUCUGAUUGUCGAUGAGAAAGGAUGUCAUCGUUGCCUGGUAAUCUAUGAGAAGCAUACGAAUGUGCUCCAGUAUAAAGAAAGUGAGUGCGAAGGUGAUAGUAUGUAUAUGCAUCAGUCGAACCCAUCUGCACUGGCGAUGCGUAGCUCUAAUAAACAAAGUGAUCAUAGGGGGGGAGCUCAUCCCAAUACGAACGGGCAUUCAAGACUAUCAUCAUCGGAUCAGUACAUAAUGAGAUCCAAUGACGAUAUGAAUGAUUGUCCCCCAGACUUUUGCAAGGGCCGUGAGACUUUACAGAAUCUCUGCGACCAAAUUCCGGGCGAUGCCCUGCUCUACUCCCUCUUUCGGGAGAGCGCCGAACCGGUCAAGUGUCCGCUCAAGGGACCCUUCAUAUUCACAUACAACCGGGGCCACGGGGAGUGCAAGUCGCCAGUGUCCAACAUUGAGAGCUGCACGGAGGAGAGUCGCCUCCUGCUGAGCUUCCAGGCCUGUCCCGAUGUGCAGGGGACCGAGAGUACAGUUGAGGAACUGACGUGUCUGGCGACCUGGAAGGAUGGCAACUCACGCUACUUGGUUGGCCUGGUCUCGCAUCAUCAUGCCAUCUCGAACGAGGAACGAUAUCGCUGCUUUGUCUAUGAGAAAAUCUCCUCGCUGAUGGGCGGUCCCAGCAUGCUCAGCUCAAAGGAUGCCGAGUAUAAGCUGGCACAAUCCGGCGACGCCACUUGCAAUGGCUUAGACAGUGCCGAGGUUGGCUCCCGCAUCAUGUCGCUGCGAAAACCGCCGGUGGCGGAGCGCUGUGACUUCCCAGCCUGGUUCAAGGGUCCCCGUCAUUGGCAUGCACUUAUGGGCUACGCCGUCUACAAUUAUCACCCCAAUGAUGGGUCCGUGCACAUUAUUAAGCCCAACGGCUAUAUGGAGACACGUGCGCUCUGCGAACAGAUAAAUAAACAGACCUCAACCGAAAUGAUGGCCGUGGUGCACUAUACGACCGGGUGCCAAUCGGGAUUCAUGUGCAUGAUGUUCUACCGUCGGGACACGCACGUCAUUGAAAUACAGACGGGCAAGCCGGCCAUUCGCCUGGAGGAUGCCUGUGCCCCGGAUCACUUUGAUAUUAAUAAGAUGGCCUACAUUACCUUGCUGGCAAGCAAUCCGGAACCGGCGAUUUGCCCAAUGGAGGGACUGUACAACCUGCGCGGUGCCAUCGGGCCGCCGUAUUUGGCCACGCGCCACAAGCGCAAUCACAACGGUAAAUCGCACUUGGGACACGGACAUCAUCACCACGAGAGCGCUGACUCGGGAACUUUUGGUCAUAAAGGACACAGCACGCUCAGCUUUCGGAAUGCUGAACGCAUGGAACGUGGCUCAUGGCAUGCCAAUACUCGCGGUCUUCCUGUACGCAGUCGACGCAGUGCGCCCCAGGAUCUGCAACAGCCGCAACAGCACGAGCAACAGCAGCAGCAGCAGCAGUCUCUGGUACUGGGCAACAUUGAUGGCAGCGAUACGAGUGUGGGAUUUGUGGCCACGCGGAAUCGUCGCGAUGUCCCGGGCUGUGUGCCCAACUACAAUGCCCAGAGACAGCUUUGGGUAGGAUGCAGUAAGCCGAAUUCGAUCGACGUCAGUCCGCUGUGCAGUGUGGAGGGCGAAGAGGAGUACUCCUGUCACGGCUCCUGGGCCGAGAAUAGUACAUUCUUCAUCAUAGCUCGCCACAAGGGCAGCAAGCACGGCGUUUGUCUGACCUAUCGGCCAACGGAGGGCACCUCAGCCAAGCUGGUUGUAGGCGAUGCCUGCUACCGAGGCACACAGAAGCCACCUGAUCACCAUUUGGUGGCCAAUCUGUCAGUCUUUGGCAAAUGCGGUGAAACGGGCUCGAGUGCAGGUGUGGCCCGGCUGGGCAACUGGCUCCUGCUGCUGACAAUCGUCACCCUCCAAUGGCUCUACCUGCGCAGCUGAGUUGCCAGCGGUAGCAAGAACAAUAUGCACCACAUUUCUAAAUAAGCACAUAAGCAUUAGAAGCCAAAGCGCUGCGUAUGCAUUAACUAAAACAAAACCAAAUCCCAUUAUGAUCGACAUGUAUACAAGACACAUUUAAGACUUAUUGUAUAUUUCAUGUAGUAUGUUUAAGGCGAAAACUAACCACUCCCAGACUCUCCAAGCUGGUUUGGCUGUAAAUAAUUGUAUUGUUUGUUUUUUUCUUUACUGAUGAACACACACUUCUGUUUAGUUGUAAGUGCUUAAAAUAAACAAGAAUUCGAUAUAAUAAGGGAUGAUGGCACGCAUACAAAUGUGUGUCCCACCCACAAUAUGAAAAAGGAAAAUGGUUUGCAAUACAGCCUUAGGUCAGCGCUAUUUGUAUUAGGGCUAGUAAAACGCGUCUAUUACUAAGAGUAGCGCAAGGUUCAUAUAACUAUUAAUGCAAGUAUGUAGCAAAUGCUAUUUAUUUAUUGUACGAUUAUCCAUUAAGCAGAGCAAAGACACCGCAUGGAGAAGGAGAACAACCACAAACCACAGAAAUGACUUCAGACAUCAGAACUAAACGAAAACAAGCUAAAAGCUUAUUCGUUCUGUUUUCUUUUUAGCCAUCUCGUAGUGUGUUUUGUGGCACUUGCAUAUUUUUAUAUAUGAUUUCCGAAAUGUUUCCUACAACAAAGUACAUACAUACAUACAAACCACAGAAGGAAUGCAACAUUUUUAAACUAUAUACAAGACAAAUAUGAAAUGCAUUCAGAGGAAAUCCGAAAUCCGUUUUCGCAAAAUGUACAAAACAAGAAUGAAUGGAUGGGAUCGAUGAUGUUGGCUCAUUCGAUAUUAGGUGUUGUGCUGCUGUGGCUGUGGUUGCAGUAGCGUUUAGGCGGCAUGUAAAUGCACAUACAUAUACAAUAUAUUUUUAUGUACAAAUUACGCAAAUCGUACAUACAUACAUACCAUACGAGUAUAUAUAAUGAAUAAAGUUUUGCAUAGGAUCGCAUUGGUUUCAUAACAUAAUUAAUACCUUGCAAAGUACGCAUCUAUAUUGUAUGAUUCAUUAUAAUAGUAAUAUACAUAUAUACUGGAAUACAUAAAUACAUAAUAGGCAUAUAAGAACUGUGAGGAAUUCAAGCAACUUUGAUAAGUAGAGGCACACACCACUUUCAUAAUCAAUCAACUAACUUUGUAAGACACAAAAACCACAACUGACAACUCUACCAAACAGAACAAAGACAGACAAGUGAAUCAGCAGCUAGGGAUGCUAAAAUAAUUAGAGUGUUUAAGACAAUUAAGCGGUGAUAUAGGUCUAGAAUAAACAACUGUGUAAAUCUCUUAUGAAAGCACAAGAACAGGAGAAGCAGGCAGCAGCAACGGAAACAACAGCUACUGAAGCGGUAGAGUGGAGGACAAAUUAAUGAUGAUGAUGAUGAUGAACUGUAUCCAAAGGAUUUCAAAAACUAGCAUUUUUCUUUUCAAGUAGUAGUACACAAGCAAACAAACACUUGCCCGAAAUUCCGAAACCUAAGCGAACGCAUAAGCGCGUAAACAAUUACCAUGUAAGGAGAACAUAAGCAGAGCACAGAAUUAGUGGACAGGAGAGGAGAGACCCUUCAAGGCAACUAGUCAAAAUUUACGAAGCGUAACUUUGAGUUCCAUGUAAAUAGCGAAUGUUAUGCGAAUUGAGAAUUGAGCAACGGUACGCGGUGUACGAGUAUGUAUGUAUACAUAUGUAACUAAAUGCUAGUUAGCUAAAAGGAUUGUGGAAAGAGAUCAGAAACACUUGGUAGACAGCGACCAUGCCCUGGCGCUGGGACAUACAUGAACCGGCAGGGCAGGAACAGUGGGCGUACAGAACAUAAGAGUUACUUUCUAAGAACUAUGUAUACAUUCAACAAACAUCUAUAUAAAAUUACGAAAAUAACAUUGUAAACUCGAGCAGAGCAGUCAGAGAGUGGCAGACACACAUAGUGAGAAAAUACUAGAGAAUACGAAUCGAUAAAUCAUGACCGGAACCGGAAACAGCACCGGCAAUGGAAACGAUAGCAAAAGCUACUCCAUAUAGAGAUGGCCAGACAAAUCAGACAUCGUAAUGUACAAAAUGUACAAUGCACGGCAGUAGUUAGCAGCGCAGCAGCUGUGCCCGGUCAGCGGAUUCUUGAAUAUUUUUUGAGUGUACAAAAUCUCUCUUUAAAUAAGCAUUUCAAUUUGUUGUCAGCUUUUAAAAAGUAAAUACGAACAUAUUAAAUAAUAUUGAAUGCAUUUUAAACAAGUAAAAACAGAAACCACACAAUUCAAGCGAAACAUAUUGAGUAGUAUUUCAAGUCGAGGAACAGUUUUAACGCCCAUCCUCCUCCUGUCUCUAUCAGCCAGUACAUGCACCCCAGCUGGCUGGCGCUUUACUGGUUUAUUUUGCAAUUGUUAAGCUGAAACACUUUAAUAUCCCAACAAUUUCCCCCGUUACUAGAAUUCUCGCAGUAUCAACCGCCCAGUGUAGAUCCAGAUCCAAUUCCAGCUCCAGCUCCAGCUCCAGCCUUACUUAGUUGUUUUCUUGUGUCAUUGUCAGAACUUUAACGUGCUAUUUAUGUUCCAAACGGUCUCCACAAAUGUAUUCGAAUGUUUCUAAAAACUGAUAAAUAUUAAACAAACAAAAAACGAAG